UAAAGCUAAGAAGCUUUGGAUAGUGCCAGCCGCCGGCCCUGGUCCUCGUUCGCCGUGACCGCUGGAGUCCGUCACCAUCCUCCCCGCGACGUGCUGCCCCGAACCCGCAGCCAUGUGCCGGACCUUGGCCGCCUUCCCCACCACCUGCCUGGAGAGAGCCAAAGAGUUCAAGACACGGCUGGGGAUCUUUCUUCACAAAUCAGAGCUGGGCUCUGAUACUGGGAGCAUUGGCAAGUUUGAGUGGAGCAGCAAACACAGCAAAGAGGGCAGAAACUUCUCAGAAGAUGUGCUGGGGUGGAAAGAGUCAUUUGACUUGCUACUGAGCAGUAAAAAUGGAGUGGCCGCUUUCCACGCCUUCCUGAAGACGGAGUUCAGCGAGGAGAACCUGGAGUUCUGGCUGGCCUGCGAGGAGUUUAAGAAGCUCCGGUCGGCCACCAAGCUGGCCUCUCGGGCUCACAAGAUCUUUGAGGAGUUCAUCCGCAGCGAAGCCCCUAAGGAGGUGAACAUAGACCACGAGACCAGGGAGCUGACCAGGAUGAACCUGCAGGCUGCCACGGCCACGUGCUUUGACGUGGCUCAGGGGAAGACUCGCACCCUGAUGGAGAAGGACUCCUAUCCACGCUUCCUGAAGUCCCCUGCUUACCGGGACCUGGUGGCCCAAGCCUCGGCCACCUCUGCCUCUCUGGCCAGCAGCAGCCACGAAGAGCCCCUGCACACCUGAGUCUCAUGGCGGGGAGGGAGCCAGCCCGGGGGGAGAGGUGGAGUCACCCAUCCCUAAGGCAGAUUCCACCAAGCAAGCGCGAGAGGACAGUGAAGAAAAAAGCCCAUUGGCAGCCUGUUUUGGAAGCGGCCUCUCCUCCAGAUACUGUGGCACUGGGCUCCGUGCACGAGAGGGCCCCCUCCACCCCCACUUCCAGGACCAGCGGAUAAGGACCGAAGAUGAGGGUCGCGUGGGGCUCUCUGGGGAAAGGAAAGGCAGCGUAGGAGUUAUCCUUGCUCUUGUCGUUCUCCACGGGCAAGAAUUAUUCCAGGGUGGACUGGGAAACACGGAUAAAGGAAACUUGAAAAGGAGAGCAGGACAGCCAGACCAGCUCUUCCUCCGGGGAGGAGGUGACUCCGGCUACAUCCUGUUUUUCUAGUUGCCGGGUGCCCAGGCCCAGGAGGGAGCUGCGGAUGCGGUGCCUUCCCACUCUGCCCUCCUCACCUGCCUCCAGGCUGCCUGGGGCUCCCUUAGCUUGCCCUUCCCCACAUUUGUGUCCAGCCUCAUGGUCUUUGCAAGGCCAGAGAACAAUUUGACACUUGCCCAAAAUGAGAUUUUUUUUUUUUUUAAUACCUCGAAAACUGGCCUUUUGAGCCCCUUUCCACAUCAGUAGAGAGCCUGGAAAAGGGGCCAGUGUGCUCCUGUGAAAUUAAUCUUGGUGCUCUUGGUGACCUUUGCAGGCGGUCCCCGGCCCUGUGCUUGAAGCAAGGUCCAUCUGUGAGUAGGGCCUGAUGUGGGGGGGCGGUGUGCCCUCGCCUGGCCCCGUGCUGCCCUAGACCAUAGGGCCCAUGAGGCGGAAGGUGUGGGGCCUCUCAGUGAGUGGCUAGUUCAGCUCUUGGGCUCUGCAGUAUGGAAUGAGGAAGAAAAGGAUCCUAAGAAAUCUCUUCGCAGUUCCCAAAAGUUCCGUUGAAAUCAAGCCAGCAUUUUUUCUGGGUGUGAGAACAGGGAAAGAGAGAUGCCCAGAAUGGAAGGGGAACCUUAUGUUUCCUUCCUGUGGAUGUGAGGUGCACUUACUGGAGUGUUGGGGGAAGUUGGACCAGGGACCACGGUGGCCCUUGGAAGACAGAAGCCAGGGGUGCAGCUGGAGAGAGAGGCUGCUUGGAAGAACCCGGCUGGGGUGGGGGCGGGGAAUCAGGACCUGCUUGUCACCUCAGGGCAACCCCAAACACGCAUUUUCCUGGUGGAGCCCGGGCCCAGGAACUGAAUGAACCAGGCGGCCCCCUUCGACCCCAGGAAAAGCAACACUGUUCUCUCUACGCUCUGAGCUCCUCCAGGAGAAAAUUAUUUAAGUAUAAUGUGUUGUUGGUUUUGUGACAAUUGUCAUAGCAUAUUAUUUUUAUUACUGUUGUGUUGUUGGUGUUGUUAUUUAUUGUAAUUUCAGUUUGCCUCUGUUGGAGAAUCUCAGCAGGAGCUGGCAGCCUGUCUCCCUCUCCACCAGACUCUACCUCUGAACGUGCUGGGAACCUCUUAGCGCCUGUCAGGGACUCCUCACUGUUUAACUAUUUAUUUAUUGUUGACAAUGGAGCUGGUUUCCUAGAUAAGAAGGAUGUACUUUACCCUUGUUUCCCUGUUUUAGCAUGUUAUAUUCUUGUAAAAUAAAAAUAAA